GGAGGAGCGGAAAGUCUAGGCUCAGUUGAUGAGAUCACUGUAGGAUUGUGCCUCUGUUAGAUACACAGCUGCAAUCCUCCUGCUUCUCUCCUUUGCUCUAUUCAGAGGCAGCGCACUAAGAACAAGGAGGGGAGGCACGCUUCUCAAAUCCCUUUUGUUCCUUCAUGCACCAGGUGGGUUCCCUUGUAAGUCGGUCCUCCCGGAUUUAUUAGCGGUAUGAUGUCUGCCAUGGCUCUGACACCGGAAUCCAGCCUUUUAGGGACAGUCCUCAUCAUCUCCCUCCUCUACAGCAUCAAUGCUAUGGAUAUCCCUAAAGAUUAUAAUUUGGAAGGCCUGAUAUACCCACCUGUAAUUCUUAAUGAGACGUCACAGAAAUAUGUGGUCUAUCCAUACGAAGAUAUUACUCUCACAUGUGAAGCCAAGAAACUGUCUAGCGUCAGUUAUCGAUGGGAAAAAGAUGGAAUGCCGUUUGAUACAGACGGUGACUCUAAAAUCAUACGCAAACCAAAUUCUGGAACUUUGACCAUCCCUAACUCUAAUGGGAAUAUGAUGGACUACAAGGGCAAAUAUCGUUGUUUUGUCAGAAAUUCGCUGGGCAUUGCAAUAACCCAUGAGAUAAAUGUCAUCAUGGAAGAAACCCCAAAAUGGCAGAAGGAGACAAUCAAACCAAUUAAAGUGGAAGAGGGUGAAUCUAUCGUAUUACCUUGUAACCCCCCUCAAAGUGCUGUACCCCCACGUGUCAUCUGGAUGAACAGCACCUUACUACACAUCACUCAAGAUGAUCGGGUAUCCAUGGGCUCAAAUGGGAAUCUCUAUUUCUCAAACGUGAAGAUUCAAGAUGAACGUCCUGACUACAUCUGCUAUGCACAGUUUGUUGGUGCCCGUACCAUCGUAGCAAAGGAGCCCAUUGUUCUCAAGGUCACCCGUACUAAUCUUUUAAAGUCCAACAAGCCCGAAAUGAUGAUGCCCACAGGGAGCAGCAGUAAUUACAUGGCAUUGAGAGGGAACCAAUUGCAACUGGAGUGUAUCGCUAAGGGACUGCCUACUCCAAAAGUCGAAUGGACUUCCCUCACUGGGUCAAUGAAUGAGGGGCGUUUUCACUUUGAUGAAUUUAAGAAGACCCUGCUUAUCGAUAAUGUCCAAUAUGAGGAUGACGGCCAAUAUCAAUGCACUGCCCAAAACUCAGAAGGGAAAGUCCAGCACACCUACACUGUUACUGUGGAAUCUGCUCCAUAUUGGAUUAAGAAGCCAGAAAGUGGAGUUUAUGGGCCGGGCGAGAAUGCUGUCCUAACUUGUGAUGUGGAUGGGAAACCUAAGCCUGUAGUCACUUGGAUGAUCAAUGGAGAACCGUUAAAAGAUUCAGAUCUUAAUGACAAUCUAGAGUUAAAGGAUGGAACCCUGAUUCUACGUGAUCUACAAAUGGCCAAUACCUCUGUCGUUCAAUGUGAAGCUCGCAACCUUCAUGGAUAUAUUCUAACGAACGCUUAUGUCUAUGUUAUUGAGCUGCCUCCAAAAAUGUUAACGUUGGAUGAGGUGGUGUACAGUGUGGUGGAAAAUGCAGACGUCUGGAUGGAUUGUCGAGUAUUUGGAGCCCCAGUCCCUGCAAUCUCUUGGCAGGAUGAAAUGAAGACUAAUGUGCUCAUUGAUCAACGCUUUGCCCUCGAAACAAACGGCACUCUUACUAUCUCAGAAGUGCAAAAAGAUGACAUGGGCCUUUACACCUGCUUUGCGACCAACAUCAAGGGCAGUGCAAAUAUAUCUGCAAUUCUAAAUGUCAAAAAUGCCACUCAGAUUAUAACUCCACCAAAUGACCAACGAGUAAGAAAAGGUUGGAAAGCAAUCUUCGAAUGCAAGGCUUUGUUUGACUCCACGCUGGAUAACACAAGGGUGGAAUGGAAAAAAGAUGAAACUGAGAUUAAUGACCCUGACGACAGUGAUAAGUAUUUCAUUGACGUCAAUUACACACUGAGUAUCACCAAUGUCCAAGAGGAUGACCAAGGAACUUACAAAUGUGUGGCUCGCACAGACUUGGACUCAGUGGAAAAAACAGCAGAACUUGUUGUGAUGGAUCUUCCUGACCCUCCAUAUGACUUGGAACUUUCUGAUGAAGAUGACAUGUCAGUCACAUUGUCCUGGACCCCGGCCGAUGAAAAUAACAGCCCAAUUGAGGAGUUCAUCAUAGAGUUUGAAGAGGAUCGCUAUGGGCCCGGAGUAUGGCACGAACUUACCCGAGUGAAUGGAGACCAAAUCUCGGCCAACUUGGAUCUAUCUCCCUAUGUCAACUACCAGUUCAGGGUUAGAGCUGUAAAUGAAGUAGGACCAAGUAAUGGAAGCAAGCCAUCCGAUCGCUUUCAAACAGAGCCAGCUGCUCCUACAAAAAAUCCACGGGAGGUGAAAGGAGAGGGCACUGAACCAAAUAACAUGUACAUUUCAUGGAAGCCUCUGAAAGGUAUUGAUUGGAAUGGCGAAGGGUUUGGAUACCUUGUAAGGUGGAGGCGACAGGGUCUGGAUGAAACAUGGCAAGAAGAGAAGACCCAGAGCCCUCCAAUUUUGGUGCAGUACACAAACACAUACGUGCCUUAUGAGAUUAAAGUGCAGUCAUUUAAUAAUCAUGGUACUGCAUCUGAGCCAAAAACUGUCAUUGGAUAUUCUGGAGAAGACUUUCCCGACACCGUCCCAGAGAACGUGGGAUUAGAAUCAAUCAGUGAGAGUACUAUCAAGGUGGCGUGGUUGCCCGUACAGAAAGAAGGGCUGAAUGGUCAUUUAAGAGGAUUCAAAGUGCAAUGUAUUGGUCACGGAGGACGUCCUCAUCCUGAGGUCAUGGUUCAUGGUAAUACGACCCAUGCUCUUGUCACCGGGUUGCAGCCUUUCAGCAACUACACAGUGAAAGUCCGUGUUUUCAAUGGAAAAGGCAAUGGAAGGUAUAGCGAGUCGGCCUCAAUUCGGACCAAUGAGGGAGUGCCCAGCAAGCCAUCAUUUUUAAAACUUGAUCGCCUGUCUGACUCUUCCCUGACUUUAACUUGGGGGCCACCGGAUUCUGCUAACGGCAUCCUAACAGGAUAUGAAAUAUAUUAUGAGAUAGUAAACAGCACUAACAUUGGGGAAACGUCUUUCUCUCAAACAAUCAACGAUCCCCUGCAGCAAAACUGGACAGUUACAAACAUCAGCUCCAACUACACCUACAGGUUCUAUCUUUACGCCACCACCAGUGCUGGGCAAAGUGACCCUGUUGUGAGAGAAGGCGGCACAAUGCAAGAGAUUGAAUUCCCCCCUAAUAUGAAUGUCUCACUGAAGGCCGAAGAGAGACGCAUUAUGAUAACAUUGGAUGCACGGAAAAAUGUUGAGCUCAAAGUCCAAAUCAAAAGCAAAAGCAAUGACUUGUGGCAAACCCAUGGAAAAGUGAACACCUCGCAGUCAUUUUACGAACUUGAUGAAUUAAUGCCUGGAACCACGUAUGACAUCCGUUUGAUGGCCACAAAUCGCACCAUGGAUGUAAAUAUUUGGAACAGUAGCAUCGUAACAUCAGGAGUGGACAUCAUUCCGGAACAUGGAAGAUUUGCCACUGAGGGCUGGUUUAUUGGACUAAUCAGUGCCAUUGUUCUACUUCUGCUCAUACUCAUUAUUCUGUGUUUCAUCAAACGCAGCAAAGGUGGAAAGUACUCAGUAAAAGAUAAGGAAGACACGCAAGUGGACUCUGAAGCUCGGCCCAUGAAGGAUGAAACUUUUGGGGAGUACAGUAGCAGUUCCGUGUCUGUGAUGAUUCCCCGUGAUCACCCUGUCACCUGUCUUAUGUCUUUUCCAAACAGCAGUUCCUUCAUUAGAAAUAGCGACAAUGACGAGAAGCCUUUCACUAGUAGCCAACCUUCUCUCAACGGUGACAUCAAGCCUUUAGGGAGUGAUGAUAGCCUUGCUGACUACGGAGGUAGUGUGGAUGUUCAGUUCAACGAGGAUGGUUCUUUUAUCGGUCAAUACAGCGGUAAAAAAGAGAAGGAAGCAGCCGGUGGCAACGAAAGCUCAGGAGCAACUUCACCUGUCAUCCCAAAUAUCCCCAUCGAGUAGAGAUUGGUUUGAGGAGCAGGAGGGUCCCAGGGGAGAAUUUAGGUUGAACAUCAAGAGGAGGUGGGAGCAAUAUGUUGAAUAUGGAGAAUUUAUUUUUUGCUUGCAAAUGGACAAACCUAUUUGGUGCCAGAGGGCAGUGCCACCUAACGCAUUGCAAAUCUCUAGAACCAAAGGGGUUGAACUGCUGUAUUUUCUCUUGGACUACGACUCCAUCCCUCGUGUGAAGAAAAAAUAAAUAAAUAAAAAAACUCAGAAAAAAAAAAAAAAAAAAAAUGAAAAGGACCAAGUUAGGAAAUAGACGGAUGGUUUCAAACAACGUCUGCUGAGGGUGUGUUCCAGUGUUCUCGUUUUUCGUAUACACAAAAGAAUGAAAAAGAAGAGCCACGAAUUUAACAAACGAAAUAAAGAAAAACAAUAUUUAAACAUUUUCAGGAGGACUGAGACAGGGAGAAAAACCACACAUAAAAAUAGAAAAACCAAAGGAAGAGGAAAAAAAAAUAAAAAAAAUUGCAUUCUCUCUUUCACGCCAAGUUCCGCCACAUCCACUUUCAACAUAGGACAUGUUCAUACUCAAUGGUGUCUUUAUUUUGUACUAUUCUCUUACCUUUUGGUUGGGGUCUGUAGCCAGAGGUUCACCCACCCCUUGAGUUUUUUUCUUUAAGUGCAGCUUGCCAAAUACAAGACAACUGAGCAGUGUGUAUGUGUGUAUGUGAGCUUUACAAACACAGCAAAAUCUUCUGUAUUUUUUGUUAUUUCCAUUAAUAACUUUGUAUAUCAUUCAGCUGUCAAUCAAUGGGGUGGAUUUUUUUGGGGCAGAGGCAUAAUAUUUUCCUCCUCUUGUAAUUACAGUGUGGGCUCUUGUAUUUUGGGGGGAGGCAAGUUGCAGUAUGAUACAGGUUAUACCAAGAGGUCCGCGCUAUACAUCACACCCUUUCAUCUAAUGUCAAGAGAGGGCACUGGCCUUAACCCCUUUUGCUGCCAGAGUUGCAAUUACCCCCUCCUCUCCUGGCAUCAAUCGGGAGAAAAACAAUCGUAACAUAUUUAAUUUUUACUUUGCAGCAUUAGAGCAAACUAAUAAUACUUAGCCAUUACUGACGGAUUUGACAAGAAUUUCAGUCCGAUGUCAAUACUUCUCAAACCCUACUGUUUUUGUAUGCUGUAGAUAUACUCAUUAGUGUUCUAUACAGCUGAAUGUUUCAUUCUCAGGAUCUACAAAGAUGACAACAUUCUAUAAACCACGCAUUAACAGAGAAUCCCUUACUGCAUAGCUACAAAAUGUACUUACAAUUUUCUCAGUGAAACGUGUUGUGAGGAACUGAUGAUAUGGAUCACUGAAGUUUGGGUGCAUAAAUUAAGUGGGAGAUGUCUAAAGCCUCACUUCAGUAGGAAGUGUAAUUUGUUUUCACAGUUCGUCAGGACCAAUGGAGAAACGAGUCCUUGUUUCCUGUUGACUAUACUCAGGGGCUGGUGUAGUGUAGUGUGGAGGUGCUUACACUGGAAAUGUAUACUUAAUAAGUUACAUCCUGGCCACCUUAUCUCCCUGUACCUCAGGGUUCUCCCUCUAUGCUCUCAUUGUUUCUUCUGGUAUAACAGGGCACUCUAAACAUUAAUGGCUAGAUUCUAUUGGCAGAGUAAGACCUUACUCUGCUUACGGAGUACCAAUUUGUCCGUAAACUUAAAUGGAGAAACAGCUAUUCAUUACUCAGAUUAAACCCUUACUCUAAUAAGACAAUCCAACCAUUAGCUGUUGUUUCAUGCUCAAAGGUGGCUAGUUGAGCCCUAGCAAACUAUUUCUAGACAAAGGAGCUGAUUAAGGAAAAUAUAUAAUUUUCCAAUGUCCCAGUAACUACCAGUACUAUCAAUUUUGACAAUUAUAGGUGUAAAGUAUUUUUGUUUAUUUUUUUUAUUUGGGGUGGGUAUUGGAGAAAAACAUAGAAAAUGACUUGUAAGAAACAUAAAACCAUUUGGCAGGAUAAAUAAUAGGAGCAGACUCUGCGUUAUUAUUUAAAUAUACUUCGGUGCUGCCUCCAUCUUUGGAAGCGGCCUUUCAUUGCAUAUCAUAUUGUAACGCAGGUCUUUAAUACUCUAGCCAAAGUAUAAAUGAGAGCUAUAACCACAUAAUGCUGCUUAAUCUGACUAUAGGUCUGGUGUGGGAUUAUAGGACGUUCAGUUCAGCAUCAGCCUGAGAAUUUAGGCUUGAUUUACCUCUGUUUUAAACAGAUGGUGUUUUGUUAGGAGGUCCGGAUAAAUCCAUAAAAAUGUCUGCAAAAUAGAUAUCUAAAUCUAAUGAUUAUUGCUAUAUUAUUUUGCAUUUAUUUGGCUUUUUUUUAAACCUAUUUUAACCCAUACGGCCUGACAUAAAUGACUGAAAAUCAAGAUUCAAUUCAACCUCACAACUUUUAGGAAAAGGUCAAUAAUUAAUUUCCCAGAAAGCAUUACCACUGGUCGCUCAAGAUGUCUGUCAAGAGACAUUUUCCAAAAUCACAACACUGACCGACUUAAGAUCUUCAGCUAUCCUUUUCUUCAUUUUUCUUAUUUUAUUUCAGGAGGGAGAGUGUGUUUUAAUUUAAUAGCCGUGACAUAUUUCUGGAACCAGUAAUAAAGUCAUUUCUGCAAAGAAAAAAAAAAAAA